AUGUCCCCUACGUCUUACGAGUACUCCUUGUUGCAAAGCCUCCCACCGAAUACCACCAAUUAUGUUAUUCAUGCCUUUCUUUGCGCUCUCAGUUUUGUUCUUGUCACUGUUUUUGUCGAUUUGAUUGAUGCCGGUGGCUUGAAAUCUCAGCGUGAGAAGAUCGUGUCGAAGCCCUGGGACCUGCACACCGUUGCAAGCGAGUCGAAUUCGCCCGAGCUAGAAGAGUCGGAGGCGCUCAAGAUCCAGAUUGUCCCUUGGGACCUCACUGGGCGUACGAAUGUCGACGUCUCUCCCGCGCUGAAUCCAGCCUCGUACUUCAAGCCCCUAUCGCAUGAGUACACCCAAGAGCACCCUGUGGAUCUCUCCAUCCCGGAAAACUGCGAGAAGAUGGAAACCACGGCACGUCUCCUCGGGCCUGAUUACAGUUGCAGCACAAGCAGGUAUGAGCCGAUACUGUCCUACGGAAAAGCCCAGAUCCUCUCUCAUCGCCUGACGGGAGAGAUGGAGGCUCCAAGAAUGGAUUUCCCACUUCACCUGUCCAAGCUGAAGAUGGGCGCCAAAUGGCGCUGGGAUACCCCAACCUUCCCUCACAUCAAAGUGGUCACAUACCAUGAUGAUGUCGAGCACCCAGAGAGACUCUUGAAGGCAGAGCUGAUGGUCCUCGCCGCCACGAUGCACUCGCGGCUGGGCAUGGAGACCCUGACAGACCAUGCCAUUGGGCCUGUAGGUCCAGAUGACUCUUUCCUCCACGACGGAAGCUGUCUGCGCGUCUCGAAAUCAGACCUGAUGCCAUACUCAGAGAAAUCCGACGAGCUCUGGAGUCUCCUCGUGCGAUACCUUGCCGGAGGCAUCAAUGGAGAGCUGAGCACUCACAAGCUACCUUCAGUGAACGCAGCAGCGAAGUGA